CGCUGGGGACUUUUCGCACCCUUCUCUCCCCCCCCCCCGCGGGCCGGGAUGUCGGAGACUGGAGACGGCGGAGCUUGUGUCGGGGUGGACGGCUCGGUGAACGGCGUAGCGUCUCGUCGUUUUAUCGGCGUCAGCGCCUGUCGGGGUCUUCUCGUUUCCCUGUAAUCUCACCCCACCCACCCACCCUCCCCCAGUCAUCGCAUCCAGUCAUGGCCGGCGUCGCGGCUUCGAGCGGUCACCGAACCAAAGCACAGCCCAGUAGGCCUCUCGCUGUUCCCGAGGCGGCCGGCCCCGCUGCUCCCUGGUGGAAAGCGGACGCCGGCGGCCUGGGAGAAAUCAGCGACGAGUUCGCGGUCUGCAGCGACAAGAAGGAUUAUCUGGAGGGCAGCACGGCCUCCAUCCAGGAACUUUUCAAAGUGGUCCUGGUCAUCUCGGUGCCCCUGAUGGUUCGUUACGCGGCGACGGCGUCUCCUGGCCCCCAGCAAGUCUGGGUGCAGCUGAAGGGGAGACGGGAACAUGUGAGGAAAGCCAAGGAAUAUAUCAAGGGAAUUUGUAAUCCAGAAUUUCGUCAGAUUGAGUAUUAUCCAAAGGAAAUGCAUUGCAUUUUUGCAGGAGCUAAAGGCUUGUUUCUCAAGUGUCUUAUACAAGAUACCUGUGCUGAUAUCUCCAUGGCAAGUGCUGGAGCAAUUAGCAUUACAGGAGGUACAGAAGCAGUGAUUAUGGCAAAAACCCGAAUACAGCAGUUUGUGCAGCUGUUCAAAGAUAACCAAAGCAUACCUAACAAAAGAGAAUCUUCAAUUAAAAGAAACUUUAAGCGCAUUAUAGAAUUAAAUGCUGAUAAGUAUUCAAUGGAUUUGCUGCUCUUGCCCAGCGCUGUAAAGGAGGAACUUGUGAAUCUUGCUGAAGAUGUACUGUGUCAUGAAGAACCUAUAGAUCUGACUUUAGAACUUGAUGAUAAUUCCCAAAUUAUUAAUCAUGAUACUUUUAACUCUUCCUCUGAAGGAAAAUCUAAAGAUCUGCCCUACUUUGAAGAAGCUAGAAGACAGGCUGGCACGCCUGUAUCUGAACUUGCUCAGCAAAUGAACACUAUGCUUACACAAGUAAGUCAAAAAUCAUUUGUUCCAGAAAUAGAGCAACCAUCUUGUGAGGCACCAUCAGCAGGAAAGGAGAGACUGUCAUGCAAAAGAAGAUCAUCUAACAGCGAGGACAGACAUACAAAGCGCCAGUUUUCGGGAGACAUUGAGUUUGCAGCAAAUACCACAACUAAAGUGCUUUGUACUAACGUGGUCACUGAUGAGCCCCCUGCAUGCAAUGUUCCCUUAAUUGGACAGCAGGAUAAUCAAAUUGAAGAGGACUCAACAGUUACUACCCCAGAAAUGGAGUUCAACAUGCUUGUAGAAUUUUUCAGAACAAUGGGUUAUUCCAAUGAUGUAAUAAAAAGAGUUAUUGGUGAAAUGGGGCAGAAUGAAGAACCUAUGUUAUUGCUUAAAAGAAUUGUUGAAGAAAGUAAACACAUGGAGGAUGAACAAACCACUUGCGUACAACAGGCUGCUGGUUCAAGUAGCCUUUGUGUAAGUUCAAUACAAGAAACAAAUAAAAAUCCACAAGUAGACACACCUGAAACUUGUACCGUAAGAACUGUUCAAGUUGAAGAAAGAAGAGCAAAAUCGGUACCCAGUUCUUCACAAGAUCAAUGGAAACAUGAGAGACUUGAAAAACGCAGUCAGCCUGUGGAUGAAAUGUUUGUCAUUGCCCAGGAUAACAAAGAUGAAGUCUUAACAAAGCCUCCUGCAGUCAAGUUAAUUAACGACACUGAGAAUUUUCACUCAGUGAAGCAUUUCACCCAUGCCUUAGUUAAUGAGAGGAAAUUGUUAAAUGAAAGUGAUAUUGUAGCAAGAGGCAGCUCUGAACAGCCACUAUUGCCUGUGUUUUCCAAUCGUCAAGUGAGUGCUUCAGUGACUGGAGUUCAACGAUUCCAUGAUUUACUGAAAAGUCCUUACAGACUAAACCUAACGAGUGAUCCUGGGAAACCAAAUUUGAAGCACAUUAUAAUUGAUGGAAGUAACGUUGCAAUGGCCCAUGGAAUGAAAAAAAUAUUUUCCUGUCGUGGUAUUGCAAUUGCAGUAGAAUGUUUUUGGAAUCGUGGUCACCGAAAUAUAACUGUGUUUGUUCCUCAGUGGAGAACCAAGCGAGAUACCAAAAUUACAGAGCAGCAUUUCUUAACUGAGCUUGAAGAUCUUGGUGUCCUUUCUUUUACACCAGCUAGAACAGUAUGUGGAGUAAGAAUUGCAUCACAUGAUGACAGGUUUUUAUUGCACCUUGCUGAGAAAACUGGUGGGAUUAUUGUUACCAAUGACAAUCUCAAAGAAUUUGUGUAUGAAUCUCCAGCCUGGAAAGCAAUAAUUCAAGACAGGUUACUACAGUAUACAUUUGUUGGAGAUUUAAUUAUGUUACCAGAUGAUCCCCUUGGAAGGCAUGGUCCUGGAUUGGAGGCUUUUCUGCAUCAAGUGGCUGUUUCAAGGGCUUUGCCACAGAAGACAAAUGUCGUAAUUCAUCCAAGUGUACCAUUUUCAGUACCACGUGCCACCUUUACAUUUGAAUCGCGACGACCUGAAAUGCCCCCUUUGCGAACAAGAGAGGAAACUGACCAACUAAAACAAAAUUUGUUGAAGAUAUUUCCUGAAGUCAGUCAAAGACAGAAAAUUGAUCAGAUUUUGGCAGCACAUCCACACAUGAGGGACCCUAAUGCACUGUCUGCAAUGGUGCUGGACCAAGAAUAACUUGUCAUGAACGUUGGAAGUGUUGAUAAUGUUAGAAUAUUUUGGGAGUCCCAAAUCUAACUUUACUGUUGAUCAGUUGUCGAGCGGCAAGGUACUUUUCUUUUUGUACCUACACAAUUGCUUGUCUCAGUUGAAGUAGAAGAUUUCCUGCACAGUCAGUGGUUUGACUAUUUUCUGUGGGACAGAAGAAGCUGCCACAAUUCUCAUUUUGAUGAAUCUACUUCAGCUUAUAAGUCGUCCUCUGUCACAGCUGAAGUAAUGGAGUCAAACGUGUUUUAUCUUUUUCAGUUAAGGACCCGGGGUGAUGGAAAUAACGUAAAGAACAGUGUGGGGAAACCAUAAUGUUGUUCUUCACUUAGCCUUUCAAUAUUGCUAUUCAUAGUAAGAACUGAGGGAAUAUUUACAAAAUAAGUUUUAGUAAUAGAUUUGCAAAUAUUCAAUAUUCAUUUACAUAAUAUUUAUAGAAAGGCGGUGUAUAAACUGGGUUACAUUUUAUUUAAUUACUGGCUGAAGGAACAUGUAAAUAUUACAAAAAGUAUAUAUUUUUGUUCAGAUUCAAGUGUAAAUUUCAAAUAAGAUUCUGAUUGGAUGGCAACAUUUUUUGAGAAUGUAUUUUGUUAAAUAAAAUCUGUUAAAACUAUAGCUAUAAACAUGACUAUUGAAAAAGUCAAAAAUCAAUCACUACCAAGAUGCCAAAAGUCCAAUUAAAUUUGUACUUUAAUACUUUA